AUGCAACAGCCACCGCCACCGCAGCUAACACCUCCACCGCCGUCAGUGCCACGUCUGAUGCUCGCCUCUGGUGCUGCCCCCAGCCACACAACAGCCACCGCCACCGUGGCUGACACCUCCACCGCCAUCAGUGCCACGUCUGAUGCUCGCCUCUGGUGCUGCCCCCAGCCAAACAACAGCCACCGCCACCCCACACAACAGCCACCGCCACCGUGGCUGACACCUCCACCACCAUCAGUGCCACGUCUGAUGCUCGCCUCUGGUGCUGCCCCCAGCAACGCAAGAGCCACCGCCACCGUGGCUGACACCUCCACCGCCAUCAGUGCCACGUCUGAUGCUCGCCUCUGGUGCUGCCCCAAGCCAUGCAACAGCCACCGCCACCGCAGCUAA